UUUCAGGAAGGUGAAAAGUUAUCAAAGGCAGCGAUACUGCAGCACACAGCAGACCUUAUUCAACAGCUUCAGAGUGAACGCUCUCGUUAUGCAGAUAAAGAUGAAGUUGGUGGCAAGAAACCUAAGGUCGAAAUUGACGAAUGUGUGGAAUACGAGCAGCAACGUUCGAUGAUCGAUCGCCUUCAAAUGGCGUUGGAACGCGAACGUACAACGCGUAUGUUUCUGGAACAGCAGCUGAAUCAAAUGAGAGAAAUGUAUCAAAACGGACUGAACGCCGUAGCGACGCUGCGAAGAUCACCAAUCACCACAACGACGAUGAGCGUUCAUGAUUCGGUGAUACGGCCAACACCACUGAUUGCUCCAAUAUCAGUCGACGUAUCACCGCGUAUGGCAGUUCCGAUGCCACCAGCACCAUCACCCAUGAUACCACCGACGUUGACGUCAUCUGCCGCAACAUCGGGUCCGCUCUCGGCACCUUCCGCCUUCAGUUCGUCGUCGAUCACAGCACAUCGUUCUCUGCAAACGAUCCUGGAUGCGAUUCGACACCUCGAAGGCGGUGCACUGGUGCCGCCAUCGGCGUCACCACCACCCAGUUCGCAGGCGCCUCUGGUACGGUAA